CGCCGACAAUUGGCGCAUAAUUUUUUGGAAAGUUCCGUUUUCGAAAAAGUUGCAAUCACGUCAUAAUUGAAAAAUAUCGUAACAAAAACUACUUUUCAGUGUACCUGAACUCCAAUACCGAGAAUUUGAUCAGAACCAUCAUGAGCGAGCAACAAAAAGCAAAAUGUCCCGCACUAUGUAAAAUGGGCUGCGGCUUCUUCGCAUCUGAGGCAACUGGGGGUUGUUGCUCCAAGUGCUGGAUGUCGUCUAUCAAGAAGGAAAAGCCAGCUGCUGCCGACGUUGUCGAAACUCCCACCAGCAAGARCACCACAGAGAUUGACACGAGGUCGAGAAAACAGAGAGAAGAGCAAACGGAACUAYCAGCAGAAGCUUCAUCCGCUGUAACGYCAUUGAAAAAGUCAUCGGAGAAGGUAGAUUCCGAUGCAAGUUCUUCAACGGCCCMAGUCGUCAAGAAGAAAAAGAAGAAGAAAGGGGGUUACAAGAACAUGAUGGCAGGAAUGAUGGCUGGUUCUAACAAGAAGGAUAUUGCCAAGGAAAAGGCUAUAUUAGCGAAGGGACUCGGGGGUGGCGCCUUUUCGAAAAUCGAGAAGAUCUAGAGACGAGCAAACAAACACUGCUAAAGAACGCAGACAAAAUGGUUUCCRGUGAACAUAAUUAUUGUAAUGAUAGCUUUAUAUUAAAGAKAACAGUCUUCG